AUGCAAAAGGUUCUGUCUGCUUUAAGAAAGCUAAAAGAUAUCCAUUCAGAAUAUAAAGAUAUCUUCAUUAAUGCAGAACUCUCUGAAGAAGAAAUGUUUAAUGAGCAUGAACAGUGUGCAAAUGACAUCAGUGCUUCUGAUGAGGAAAUGGAUAUUGCAAGCAGACAAAUUGAGAACACUGAAGAACAGAGCAAUGAGAAUGAACACAAUGAUGCAAACAAUGACACUACUGCAGAAGAGCAAUCGAGAGGCCUUGCCUUGGACACAUGUCUUCAGCCCCCAGAUCUCGGCCAUCAGCUGUUGACUUAUGAUGAUGGAAUAUUUUGCAUUGCCCCAGCAGAGAGAAACACUCCAGUAAACACUUUCAAAGUUCCUAAACUUGAGUCUAUGGCAUUUCCAGUGCAGUUUCCGGAUGGCAAGAACACAUUUGAUGAGCCUGGCAGAGCAAAACAUGUUUCCCCCAGCAGAUACUUUAACUCUAGACUAUUCUCUAUUGACAAUCGUUGUGCGAAGGAUACCAACUAUAUCUUUUUUGCGCAGUUUGUGACUGAAAUGAACAUGGCCACAUCUAGUAUGUCUAUCCAGAUGAGGAAAGCAAAACCCAUGACUCGUGAUGGACGCAGAAUAAACUGUUCACUGCUGCAGGACAAGCAUGAGUUAGAAAAGCUUGUAAUAAAUAAGGAAGCUACACGAUUCAUGCAACCAUUAAGAGGGACUCCAGCAUACUGGGAGAAAUCUCUCCGUGAUUUGUUUGCUAUGCUGAGACAGCUGGGCACUCCUACAUUUUUCUGUACUUUUAGUGCUGCUGAGAUGAGAUGGCCUGAUGUGAUUACUGCUAUUAAAGCACAACAAGGUGAAACUGUGAACUUUGCUGAGUUAGACUGGUCUGAAAAAUGUGAAAUCCUCAGAAGCAACCCAGUCACAGCCAUGCGGAUGUUUGAAAAACGAGUUGAAGCCUUGAUGAGAGAUUUGAUCAAUUCACCUGCUCGACCUAUCGGUGAGGUUAUUGACUUUUUCUACAGAGUGGAAUUCCAGCUACGUGGCUCUCCACACAUUCACUGCUUAUUUUGGGUGAAAGAUGCUCCAGAGUUUGAAAAAGAUCAAGAUCAGGAUGUGUGUGAUUUCAUUGAUAAAUAUAUCUCGUGCAAAUUACCAGACCCAAACAAAGACCCAGAACUACAUAAAAUUGUAAGUGAAGUGCAGAUGCAUAGUCGUAACCACUCAAAAUCCUGUAGAAAGAACAAGAAGCACUGCCGGUUUGGAUUUCCUAAACCACCCAUUAGCAGAACCAUGAUAUCCCGGCCCAGGCCUCCUCCUGCAGAUCAGUCUGAUGAAGAGAAUGAAUCCGAGGAAAGACAUUACACCAGUUUUGCAAAAGAACAGCUACAGAAUGUGUGGGAUCUACUGAAUGACUCAACUCAGAGUUUUGAUAGCAUUACACAGCUACUUCAUAAAGUAAACAUGACUUAUGAAGAGUACAAGAAACAUAUUGAUACUAUUUCUACAUCAAGUUCAAUAUAUAUGGAGAGACGACCACAGGACUGCUGGGUGAAUGGCUAUAAUCCAAUGCUGUUAAGAGCCUGGGAUGCAAACAUGGACAUACAGUUCAUUCUGAACCCCUACAGCUGUAUCAUGUACAUUGUCUCGUACAUUUCAAAAGCUGAACAUGAGAUGAGCGAUUACCUUAAAAAAGUGAUAAAAGACUCAAGCCAUGAUAACCUGUCUGAACGUGAGUGCAUGAAGCAGGUCAUGAAUGCCUAUUCAAAGAACAGAGAAGUCAGUGCUCAGGAGGCAGUCGCUCGCACAUGCAGUCUGAAAUUAAAAUCAUCAUCACGUGCUGUCAUAUUCAUACCUACUGAUGACAAUGCUGUAAAGAUGAGUUUACCAAUGAGCUGCCUGCAGACCAUGGAUGAUGACAUAGAGAAUGUGUGGAUGACUGGAUUGCCUGACAAGUACAAGGCCAGACCAAACAGACCUGAAUUUGAGAACAUGUGCAUGGCUGAAUUUGCAAGUGAAUACCGCAUUAUUUAUGCAGGUAAGAAAAAAGGUAAAAAUGUUUUGCCACUUCAAAAGAAUUUGGGACACAUACAGAAAAGAACAAGGGGAAAACCUGCUGUCAUCAGAUUUGCACGUUUCUCAGAACAGAAAAACCCAGAAAAAUUCUAUGGAACUUUUCUAAAGCUUUACUUGCCAUAUCGCUCAGAUGACCAGCUGAAGUCCACAAGAUUUCCGACAUAUGAAUCAUUUUUUGCAUUUGCUUCUGUAAAACUACCCGGAACUGAUGAACUGCAGCGUGUGUACAAUAUUGUAAAUGAAAACCGUGAGAAAUAUGAAAAACAUAACGAGGCUAUAGAAAAGGCAAUUGAGGAUUUUGAACAGAAUGGUCCAGUUGAAGAUGCAUGGUCUAAAUUGGCUCCAGCAAAUGAACUGAUCCGUUUGGAGAGCAUAUCAGAACGUGAACCCACUGAUCCUAAUGAUGUGAACGAGCAGGACGAUGUCCCUGAAUACACAGCAUCUACCUCUGUCAGUAACACAGAUAUGCCACUCGUGGAAGCAACCCAACAAAAUCAUGCACAGAUUCGCAAAAUGUACCAGAGCUUGAAUCAAACACAAGCUUCCAUAUUUUAUGCAGUCAGAGACUGGUGCAAAAGAUGUGUCUCUGGUGAAAACCCACAACAAUUUCUGUAUUUUUUGAAUGGAGGAGCUGGAGUUGGAAAAUCCCACGUUAUCAAAUCUAUUUAUGCAGAAGCAACCAAGAUUUUGCGCAGGCUUCCAUGCAUACAAGAGCAUACUGACAUUUCCAAGCCAACCAUUCUUUUAUCCGCAUUCACGGGAACCGCAGCCUUUGGAAUCUCAGGAAAAACACUCCAUUGUCUACUGAAACUCCCAAGAAGCUUGAAGCCUCCAUACCAAGGCUUGGGAAACAGCUUGGAUGAAAUCAGGGCAGACCUUUCUAAUGCACACAUUUUAAUUAUCGAUGAAAUAUCAAUGGUGUCAAAACAGUUGUUUGCCUAUGUGAACUGGAGACUGCAACAGAUUAAAGGAAACCAGAAACCUUUUGGUGGCUUAUCUUUAUUAGCUGUGGGAGAUUAUUAUCAAUUACCACCUGUAGGAAGAGCAAAACCACUCUGUGUGUAUGAGGACCAUGUGCUGGACUUCUGGACAGAUAAUUUUAAAAUGAUAACUAUGACACAGAUCAUGAGACAGAGAGAUGAUCUUGCAUACGCUGAGCUGCUCAACAGACUGAGAGUAAAAAGAAGCAUGAGAAGCUGA